CAAAAAGAACAGUAAAAAUGCAGGCAGGGCGCCGGACAAAGCACUCGGGACAAAAUGUAUGUGAAAUGUCACUUUUUGACAUUUUUAAAUUUCCCGCCGUUCCGUCCCCCGUACGUCCCGACGUCGCAGAGAAACGGAACCCGGAAGACAGAUGCCGGCAUCGGCCGGAGGACAUUGCCGGGGACACUGCAGGGGGGACAUCGCGGGAGCGCAGGACAAGGUAAGAGGAGAACAGAUCGCUGCAGGGUAUUCCCGAGUGUAGUUCAGGGUUACCGCUUGUGG